CCCGCCCGCGCGGCGGCCCGGCUCCUGUCAGCCGGCUCCAGCCAUGGUGCUGCCUAGUGUUUUGUAAGUUGGCAGCGGAGGCUCGGGACGUGGCACAGGUCCCCAUGGCGGCGGCGGCGGCGGCGGCCCUGGCGGCGGCCGACCCUGCACCCGCGGUGCCGCAGGCGGCGGGGAGCGGAGGCCCGGCCUCGCGCCGAGACUUCUACUGGCUGCGUUCCUUCCUGGCCGGAGGUAUCGCUGGAUGCUGUGCCAAAACCACAGUUGCUCCUUUGGAUCGAGUAAAGGUUUUAUUACAAGCUCACAACCACCAUUACAAACAUUUAGGGGUACUUUCUACUCUGCGUGCUGUUCCCCGAAAAGAAGGCUACCUUGGAUUAUAUAAAGGAAAUGGUGCAAUGAUGAUUCGAAUUUUUCCCUACGGUGCAAUCCAGUUCAUGGCGUUUGAACAUUAUAAAACGUUCAUUACUACAAAGCUGGGAGUUUCUGGUCAUGUGCACAGAUUAAUGGCUGGAUCCAUGGCAGGCAUGACAGCGGUUAUCUGCACUUACCCUCUUGAUGUGGUUAGGGUGCGCCUAGCUUUCCAGGUGAAAGGAGAACACACCUAUUCAGGGAUCAUCCAUGCAUUCAAGACAAUUUAUGCAAAGGAGGGUGGUUUCCUUGGCUUCUACAGAGGCCUGAUGCCCACUAUAUUAGGAAUGGCUCCAUAUGCAGGUGUUUCCUUUUUUACCUUUGGUACCUUGAAGAGUGUUGGGCUUUCUUAUGCUCCCACCCUGCUUGGCCGACCUUCGUCCGACAACCCCAAUGUCUUAGUCUUGAAAACUCACAUAAACUUACUUUGUGGCGGCGUUGCUGGAGCAAUAGCGCAGACGAUAUCCUACCCCUUUGAUGUGACCCGUCGGAGAAUGCAGUUAGGAACAGUCCUACCAGAGUUUGAAAAGUGCCUGUUGUCUCGUUGUCAUGAAUGGUUGCUGUAUCACUUUAUCACUGUCUUUCAGUACGAUGCGGGAGACUAUGAAGUAUGUCUAUGGACACCAUGGGAUUCGGAAAGGAUUGUAUCGUGGCUUAUCUCUGAACUACAUUCGCUGUAUUCCCUCUCAAGCUGUGGCUUUCACAACAUAUGAACUUAUGAAGCAAUUUUUUCACCUUAACUAAGAGAAAAAAAUUAUGAUUUGUAGUUCUUUUCCUCAGUAAAUUUCAGAGGAAAAUAUAUAUAUGUAUAUAUAUUACCUUAACUAUGAGGGAAACGUUACUUGAAGGGUUGUUUGCCCUGACAUAAGAACCACUGGUGAUUUAAUACUUGAUUUCUUUCAGUUUUUAAAUCAUAGAUCAAAAGUGCUUAGCAUAUUUUUUUUUUUCUUCUUGAUGGAAUCCAUAUGAAGCCCUGGCUGGCCUAGAACUCAGUGUAGAGACCAGGCUGGCCUCAUACUUGUGGUAAUCCUCUCGCCUCUACCUCCCAAGUACUGAGAUUCCAGGUAUGUGCCACCAUGCCUGCUCGAACAUACUUUAUGAUGCUAAACAUCAUAGCUUAGAACCCCGAAAAGCCAUCUGGAGCUGACAGUGGUUACAUGUUUGGUUAUUCUAAAGUGUUAUUUGGAAGGGAAAGAGCCCUUGUAUUGGAGUUCAAGAGAUUGUCAUUAGUUGUACCAUACUGUUUCAAACUUUUAAUUGUAAUUGUAGUUAUGGGUGGGGAGGGACUGGAAUCAAGUGUAGGCCCUUUGCAUGCCAACCACAUGUUUUACCCACUCACCCACAGCAUGUAAGUGCACACCACUGAGCUACAUUGCUGGCCUUUUUUUUUUUUCAGUGUAGUGCUGGGAAUCAAACUCAUGCAUGCUAAUUGUACACUUCCAAUGGCCUACCCACAGCCCUCUAACACUGCGCGUUCUUUGCCCCAGCCUGCCCUUUCUUUCCUCGUGCUGAGGAGUAAACUCAGGGUCUCUCGCCUAUUUUGCUAGAUUAGCACUCUACCGCGGCUUACAUCCCCAGGCCCCUAACACUGUGCAGUGUCACUGUAGCGCAGUGGCAACUGAGCACUUAAGUUCUGUGAAACACAGCCAGCAAUGAAGUAGUGCUCUCCUUAUGUUUCUUCUCACAGUUCUGCUCCAGUUGAUAGAAGGAUACCUUUUCCUCCAUAGGUUUGAAAAGUAUUUUCUUUAUUCUUAGUCUACUCUCUUUGGGGAUUGAGUCUAGGACCCUGCACAUGCCAGGCAAGUGGUAAACCACUGAGCUACAUCCCCAGCUGUCUUUAAAUAAAAUUAAGUGUUACAUUUUAAAGGAGAGAUUCAACAAAUGAAGAAGUAAUCAGGUUUUGUUCAAAUGCUAUCUAUUACCAGGUACUUUGAUUUUCCUGAGUUUUAAAAAGCCACUGUAUUUCCCAAAGGAAGUAAUAAUAAAAAUUAAACAUCUUUGCCCUUAAAAUGAGGGUAGCAUUAUAGAUGCUUAUCUUAAAUGAUUUGGUAUAUACUAGAAAAUUUAAGUGGACCAUGAAUAUAGAUGAAGCAGUGUUUCUGAGGUAUUAUGUCAAGAUACAAGUUCUUCCAUGUAAAGUAACUUUAGUGAGUAUACUCCUAAGCGUAAAUACACAACAUGUUUUGAGUGUUACAUUUUAAAGAAAGUUGCUUAGAAUAUAAGAAUUCUGAUCAUUGUAUUUCGAGCACUUUUCCUCUUGUUGUAAGCAUGACAGAUGGAGUAGAAACAGUCAACAGUCUUUAGAGAUAGGAAUUUGUAGAACUGAUGUGAUUUUAAGGCAUUAAAACUAAGCUGCAAGAGCUACUUCUGUAUUUUGUGUGUGUGUGUGUAAAGAUUUCUUGUUAUAUCUUGGUAAAGAUUGGAUGAAUUAAUUUCAUUUUUAUAAUCUUUACUUUAAAAAAAAAACCCCAUGUACCUUGUGAUUUGUAAAUAUACCAGGAGUGGGGAUAUGUCUGUUUAUAAAGCUCUUUUGUAUAUUUUAAUUUCUGGACCACACUGUAGCUAAUUAUUCCAUUCAGUCUUUAAGUAAUUUAAAUCUAUAAAAUAAAUAUCUCAAUUAUAUUAUCAAUAAAAGAGAACUGAAAAUAUUUUUUAAAAUAAAUUGCAUUCUAUGUUACAGAAUCAAUAAGAUAUUAAAAUUAAUUUUUUACCCUUG